UUUUAGGUUUGAGAAACUAGUGUCUGUUUUGCUGCUUGGUGGUCGAAACUGUCAAACUGGUACAACAAUUUUUUUUAUAUAAUUCUACCAUUGAACGAUAUUCUGAUUCGUGUUAUUCGUACGUGCGGCGCUAAAAGUGUUUAUAACAAGUGUAUUCAUUUUUGUGUUGAGUGGUUGAUUUUGUGUGAACUUUAAUAAAUACGGAAAUAAAUUGGGGAGAUUCGUCAUGCGAUGCGCCUAGUCCCAAACUGUGAGUGCACACGAAUAGUCGCGCUAGCAGUCGCCCGACUAUCCUUCGUCGUCAAGUUAUGCCCUGAACGGCACCUGCGCCGCACUGCAUGACCAACGGAAGAAACGCCGCCGCCGUGGGCAUGGCGUCCUUUAUGACGAAGAAGAAGAAGUACAAGUUCCAGGUGGAUGUCUGCCUCGAGGAGCUGCUCGAGGUACCCUUCAUAUCGGCGGUGCUAUUUGCCAAGCUGCGCCUGCUUGACGGAGGGAGCUUUCAGGACCACAGUGGCAGAGAGGAGGUGAAGGACCACAAGGUCAGCUGGGGCGCGAAAUUCUCCUUUCCCUGCAAGAUGUUGGCAAAUGCUUCCACCGGCGUUUUGGAACGUUGCGUCCUCCGCAUCUCUAUAAGGAAAGAGAGCAAGGGAGGCAGAUCGUUCAACAAGCUUGGUUUUGUCGACCUGAACCUGGCCGAGUACGCCGGAGCCGGCAUCACCUACAAGAAGGCGCUGCUGGUUGGCUACGAUGUGAAACACCGGCAGGACAACAGUAUGUUGAAGUUUUCGAUCGCCAUGAACAUGCUAUCCGGCGAUGUCCUAUUCAAAGUUCCUUCCCCUUCCCUGAGGCCUAAGUCAGCUGCUGCGGAGGAGCCUCCUUCAGAACAACGCACUGAUGAUUAUUCGGGUGGAUCUCACGGAGGAUCCAUAGCCAGUGGCAGUUCUGGGUUUGGAAGCUUGCCAAAGAAGCGACCAAAUCUGUUAUCUUCAGAGCUGGUUAUCGGCCAAACUCUUUCCGAGACCAACAUUCCUGUAACUGUUGCUCCGGAUUCUUCGGAACCCAUCCAAAUAUCCGUCGACCACGAGGAGAUCCCCCUGGGAGAGCCUGGACACUCUAGAAAUUCAUCCAACACCAGCCAACUCUCUAAAGCCUCUGGUUACAGCAGUAUUCAUUCCCACAGCCGACAAUCCAGCUCUGGAGACUCCGGACAUAUAAGGAAUCUUCAUUCGUCCCUAAGGAUAGCGUCUUUCUAUAAAUCAGCCUUGAAUUCUUCCAAAUUCACCAGAACCCAAAGCAUCCCCACCAAAACCCGUUUCCCCCAACCAGUUAGCCUCCUACCGGACCCGACGGUCAAAGAAGUCAAAGCCACCCAAAACAAGGGUAAGGUUGGCAAGGUGCCGUCCAUAGAAUUGAACGGCGAUGACUCCAUUUAUUCAACGCCCAAAGGGUUCAACAAACAGGUCAGCGACAUCAGCACCUCCAGCAACGAGGAGUACAAGACUCCAGAAGGUGUCUUGGACGAACGGGACGUCUUCUCGCAUAACUUUAACGAGUUGCAGAAGUCGUUUUCAACGACAGUCGUGGAAUUCCAUAGGAUGAAGAGCAAGGAGUUCGAAGCCAUGAAGAACGCGAUGAAUACUAAGGCCUCCGAGAGUGCAGCAGAGUCGCAUGCUGUCAUGAGGUCGAAGAGCGACUACGCUCUAAGCCCUAUAUCCUCCAAAACCACCUGGUUGGCUAAUAAGAUCCCCGAGAGUCUUUAUGCCUUUUUGACUCCUAGUCCUAAGCGGAAGAAUAUGAUAUAUUCAACCCCUAAUCGUCCGGUAACAGUUUCUAACCCUCUCAAGAUUUCCCCGUCCCCUUUGUCCAAGCAACACUUCCACACCAUAUCCUUGAAUUCCCUGCAGAAUGGAGGCGCCUCUUCCACUGAUGCCAAUGGUCAACGUCUGAGUGUACAAGCCAUGAAGAGGCAGCACCGCAAGCUCCUAGAUGGCAGUACUGCAGGGGGUAAGCUAGCACCUGUGGCUAUUAGCCCAGACGAGGAGGCUAUAGCUCAAUCUCCUCCAUCACAGAACGAAUGUCCAGCACAACACUCUCAGGUCCCAGUGCGACGUCCUAGUGUCACUACGAAUCCUAGUUCCAGUAGUUUAGCUCUAUCGGAAACUGGCUCGUUAGAUAGGGCUAAAGCUGCUUACGAGAGACGAAAGAAGAAUCAGCUUCUGGAUUCGGAUGCCGUUCCGGUGGCUGGCAGGGUCGAAAACACAAGAGUAAACCCUGACCAUCUCAUCGAGGACCUACUGAAGAACACAAACCUAGAACCAGCAGACGACGAAGCCGAAACUUCUGGACUCCAACUAUUCAUAGCCAAAGAUGGAACAGCUGCCUUGGGUAACCACGAGGUGAAAUCCCAAAUGUCAACCGGCGUACAAAUCUUCAAACAAGUAGUAAUGGACGAUAAUAGGUAGCCUAUAUAAAUUCUAUUUUUCUAAAUGUAAUUUAUAAUGUGAAGUCGUGCAAAGUGCAUGUUGGAUGAAUGUUCCAGUGUAUCCCGAAAUAUCAUUGAGAUCUCCAUUGUUACCACUUCUGUAUUGUUAUAUGCUUAAAUUCUAUCGAUUUUUUUUUAAUUUUCAACAAACCAAUAUAUUUUUGUCUCAGAUCUGACGAGUUCGAUAUUAUAUGUGAAAAUAUCAUCAAAUAUAAUUGACUAUACAUUGUUGACUUAUUAAAUUUUCUUUACGUUUCCGGAAAUAUUUCUUUCACUGAAUAUGUUGUUGAUUUAUUGAAAACAGAAAUUUAUUAGGGACAAGUUAUUCCAAAUUCUGGGACAUGGCUGAUUGUUUUCGAUGUGAUUUUUCCAUAGCAAUCGUUUUCAUCUAGACCUAGAGGUAUCUGUAAAUUGGGAGGUUUUAGUAUUGAUGGAUGAAUUUUUGAUCAGAAAGAAAUAUACUUUAAUAAUUUAAUUCUGGAUCUAAUUCUAAUAGCAUGUUUUUCUGAUAUACAAAUAGUUUUGAUUGAGUUUUAUCACUGUACAGUAUUAAAUUAUAAUUUGAGAUUAAGGAUAUGAAUUUCGUUGUUCUGGAAUGCUUUUUCUACAAGAAGAUGAAGCUCUUCCAUUAAAAUUUUCCAGAAUGUUAUCUUCUUGAAUGAUGAUUAACUAGUAAAAUCAUACAUCACAAUAUAAUAUGUGAUGCCAAUAUUAAGCGACAAUAUUAUUUAUUGUAAAUUAUUCUUCAUUGUAUUAUAUUCUGUAUUAUUUCAAUGGUUUGUACCGUAAUAUAAUGCUGAUCGUAUUAAGUUUCAAGAUGUAAAUAUGGUUAAGAGAAAUAAAAAUUUAGGUUCA